AUUCUGGUCAGUACAGUUUGAGUGGUCAGUGUAAACAGUACUAACGAGAAACAGUGGUUGUUCACGAUGAUGGAAGCUUCGGAGGCCGACCGCGACGAGCGGCAGCCCCUGGUUGCAGAUGAUGUAGGUGACGCAGUUUUAUUCUCCGGGAUGCAAGGGGAUGAUGAUAUCCCAGGAAUUGGCCAGUACGAUGACUUCCAUACAAUUGACUGGCAAAGGGACAUUGCAAGAGAUCGCAUGCGACACAGAUACAUAGUCAAGAAGAGACAGGACUCAAUAUGGGAUUUAAUAAAGGGCGCUCACGACGCGUCGGGCUUGGGUGUGCGUGUUGCUGGUGGGCGUAGCGACGGGCAUGGUGGCGGGCGUGAUCGACAUUGGCGCGUCCUGGAUGACUGA